CCGGUCGCUAGUUGACGCCAUCAAGUAGAUAGUUACGACAUCGCUUUCUUUCGGAAAAUGGCUUCGGCUAACUUGCUGUCUCGCAGCCGCGAUAGCCUACUGACCCAGGAGAUACAAACAGCAUGAGUCGUGAGUUGCUUGUUGAGUAGGCAUGCCCUGGCUGCAGAAAAUCAAGUUAUCAUGAUCGAUCCGACAAGUUUGGUAACUAAACCCUGCCCUUCAAUUAUCAGUUCCCCAGAAGCCUUCACGUCGUCAAGUACUCAGACUAUAGUAAGAGAGCAAGUGUUGUGUCCAGCCCACCAUACCCCGGAUCGUCAGUCGUGACCAGCUCUCCACGCUGGACCCUGCAUUUGAUUCAUCAUGCCAUGCAGCAAACACCCACAUGUCUCAGCCGAUGCUACCCAUCGUGAACUUGGGUGUGAGCAACGAACGAUGCAGGGCCCGAUGACGUGCACCAAUCAAUGCGCGUGAUACCCGUUCGGCGGCUCUUGCUCCGACGUCGGUGUUUGUUCGCCGGCGAACUUUCAGGUAAACUCCGAUAUCUUCGUCAGCGGCUGGUAUCAAAUCCCUCAACAACAACCAGCCCUGUGUUGACACUUACGACAUCUCUGUCGCCCUGGUAUUCAAACAGAGGGCGAACUACUAGAAGAGUCCUGAAGCGUGAAGCGCCCGCGAAAAGAGCACCGUCAAAACUUCAAACAUUCCAUGCAGCACACAAAGAGAGAGUUUAUCAGUCAUCGGAGGAAGCUGCAAUGGGGGAAGAACAAGCCAGCGGUGUGAGAACACCCUCACCCGCAGAACACAGAGACCAAACCACCGUACCAAAAGUCGCAACACCCUCAAUUGCGAUCCCCAAGCCCAACCUCCCGCUCCCCACGAUGCGCAAACCCACCACCUCGACCGAAACAUCCCACGAAUGGAACACAUCCAAACUGGGUCUGCGUAUCGGCGUCGACGCCCUCUCUGCCGGCUCCGCAGGCACACUCGUCGCACCCAUCAUAACCAUGAUCGACAAAGGAAUCAUCGAAAACGCCAGUGGGCGCAACAGCCUCGGCGCCAGCCUACGAAAAAGCGCAGUCGAACUCCUCGCGAAACCGCACCGCUUCCUCGCUAGCAAACCCUUCGUCUUGAUCUUCAGUCUAUACUUCGGUACCUACUUCACCGCCAACAGCAUCGACACAGCGUCCGCGACGGUAAAGCCGACACAAGGUUUACAAGAGCAAACGAGCGGGACAAGCAAGUUCCUCGCUACAAGCACAACGAAUCUAGCACUGUGUUUGUAUAAGGAUAACCAGUUUACCCGGCUCUUCGCUGCGCCAGGGAGUUCGCCUCGGCCUGUUCCUUUGCAUACAUUCGCCCUCUUCACCGUCCGCGAUUGUCUUACUAUUUUCGCUUCGUUCAACUUGCCGCCGCUGCUUGCGCCCAAGGUGGACGAGCGCAUGGGCACGGAGGUUAAGAAGUAUGUUGGUGCGCUGAGUGUAGCGCAGUUUGUUACGCCUGCUGCUGUGCAGCUUGUGAGCACGCCGUUGCAUUUGUUGGGCUUGGAUUUGUAUAAUAGGCCUGAGGCUAGAGUUGGUGGUGUGGAUGGCAGGGCGGGGAGGGUGCUGAGGGAUUGGGCGAAGAGUGCUGCGGCGAGGAUUUGUAGGAUUGUGCCGGCUUUUGGCGUGGGUGGUGUGGUCAAUACUAAGGUUAGGAAAAAUAUGAUGGGUAGGCUUGAGGGGUAGGGUCGUGGCUCAGGAUGGGUACCACUUGGAACAGCUCACAAUGUAAACGGGCAUUGGAUAAAAGAGAUGGAAGCAACUCGUCUCAAGCAUUAUGUGGCGUUAGGUUUUCGGGUUGGAAGACUCUCAUCUCAUCUUACAGCAACAGCAUGGCAUGGCGUUAUGGCAUAUCAGCAACGAAUCAAUGCAAAGAACAACUAGAGGAUUUCACGAAGUGUAGUUCUUCGUACACUCUACUCAUCCCACCAACCUUCUUCUGUA